GUCCGUCAGCACACACAGGACAUCUGUGUGUCCGUAAGCACAUACAGGACGUCCGUGGCUGUCCGUGUGUGUCUGUGUGUGUCCGUCAUCCGUGCCUGUCCAUCAGUACACAUAUCAGCACGUUGGUCCUUGGACUCAGCACGCUGGCCCUUCCCGUGGACUGUUUGGGUGAUUUUCACUACAAGAAAAAUGGGUUUUAAUAGCUUACCAGAAUAGCGUUUUUUCCGGUUAUGCUAUGUUUGUGAUACCCGUGUUUUAAAGAUAGCGUGUCCAUUUAAUGAGACGCUAUGUUAGAAUGCUGAUAAAAAAAAUAUAAAAUAAGAGUACGGUUUUGAAGGAGGCGCUUAUGUAAUAUAGCAAUGAAACAUUAAUAGUGUUAUGUUAAAGUUGCGCGGUAAUGCCCGGGAUACUUAGAAUUAUUUUGCCUCCUAAAAUCAUUUGUGCUGCCAAAUAAAAAAAUAGAAACUCCCAAAACAUUAGGGUUCUUCCAUCUCUCGUAUUUGUUUCCCCCAUUUCCUCCGUGCGAUUGAUAGACCCAAACCAAAACCUCUCCUUUCUGAUUCCCAAUCUCAUCAAAUUUCAGUCUCCGUUCGAUCGAUAUACUUAUCUAAUCCAGAAUCGGAAAAAACAAGAUUGAAAUCCAUUUCGAAUCAGUCCAAGGGAGAUUUCGUUCCAAAUAUUUCGAUUAAGGUACUUCUAAAUCUUAUUCGUUUUUGUGCUCUCUUGGUAUGUCGUAUGACUGUUGUAAUUUUCUGGGUUUAUUAACAUUGUUUUCUUCUUUUGUAGCUAAAUCAAACCAAAGUUCAAGAGAUCUAUCAGGUAAAAUAAGUUACACUCAAUUAACUGGUUUACAUAUCUCGUAUUGUUUUGUUCUUCUGGGUUGAUAAACUGCGUCUCUUGUAUGUAAAAUUGGUUGGAGCUGAAACAUGGAUAAAUCUUGGGUUUGGUUACCAAGGAAUAGCCUUGAGUAUGAGAAAGGAGCAAGUGAGUUUGUGUCUUCUUCAUCAAGCCGUUUAGGUGUCCCAACAGAAAUGUUCUGUCCGUGUGUUGAUUGCCGCAAUGUAUGCCAUCAGUCUACUGAGAAAGUUUUCGAGCAUCUAGUGAUUAGAGGGAUGGAUCCGAAGUACAAGAGUUGUAAAUUCUGGUCCAAACACGGAGAUAACAAGCCUGAUAAGCCAUCUGAUAUCAACUCCUCUGCAAGUGAGCCGUACGAGUUGUUAAGAACAGCUUUCAUGCCAACUGAAGACCAUCACUCAGCUCAGGAGGAGAGUGCAGAAGCGUCUGCGGGAACUGACAGACCAGAAGAAGCUGAGUUCAGAAAAAAACUGGAGGAUGCAGAAACCCCGUUGUACUCUCAGUGUUCAAAAUACACGAAGGUUGCUGCGAUCAUGGGACUGUACAGGAUAAAGGUCAAAAGUGGGAUGUCUGAAAGCUAUUUUGAUCAGCUAUUGGUGUUAAUUCAUGAUAUGCUUCCUGGAGACAAUGUGCUACCUAAGUCUACAGAUGAGAUAAAGAAGUUUCUGAAACAGUUUGGGUUUGGUUAUGAUGUCAUCCACGCCUGCAAGAACGACUGUAUCUUGUUUAGGAACCAGUAUGAGGAUGCGGUCAGCUGUCCAAGAUGCAGUGAAUCAAGAUGGGAGAAGGAUAAGCAUACUGGUGAAGAGAAGAAAGGGAUUCCGGUUAAAGUGCUUAGGUAUUUUCCGAUAAAAGAUAGGUUCAGAAGAAUGUUUAGAUCAAAGCGUCUGGCGGAGGAGUUGUGUUGGCAUUCGACAAAUGCAUCUGACGAUGGAACUAUGCGACAUCCAGUUGAUUCAGUGACUUGGGGACAGAUAAACAACAAAUGGCCAGAGUUCGCUGCUGAAGCAAGAAACCUAAGAUUAGGUAUUUCUACUGAUGGCAUGAAUCCAUUCUCCAUGCAGAACACCAAUUAUACCACAUGGCCUGUCCUCUUAGUCAACUACAACAUGGCUCCAACGCAGUGCAUGAAAUCAGAGAACAUCAUGUUGACAAUGUUGAUACCUGGUCCAACCGCACCUAGCAACAACAUAGACGUCUAUCUACAACCACUCAUAGAGGACUUGAAGAGUUUGUGGGCAGAAGGUAUGGAAGUGCAUGAUUCGUUCAAGAAGGAGAGUUUCACUCUUAGAGCUAUGUUGUUGUGGAGUAUAACCGACUAUCCUGGGUUAGGCACAUUAGCUGGCUGUAAAGUUAAGGGGAAGCAAGCCUGUAAUGUCUGUGGAAAGGAUACACCGCAUAGGUGGCUAAAGUUUAGUCGCAAACACGUUUACAUGGGGAACAGGAAGCGGCUCAUGCCUAAUCAUCCAUAUAGAAGACGGAAAGGAUGGUUUGACAACACGGUGGAGACUGGUACUGCAAAUAGGAUUCAGAGUGGUGUAGAAAUCUCUGACAUUCUGAGGGAUUUUAAAAACGACUUUGGGAAAAAGUUAAGUAAAAAGAGUAAGCGAAAAAGGACAACAGGAGAUGAGAAUGAUGUUGCUUCAUUGGAGGAGUACGAAGAAGAUGAUGAUCUGUGGCGGUGGAAGAAAAAGUCAAUUUUCUUUGAGUUACCUUAUUGGAAGGAUAUGCCAGUAAGGCAUAACAUAGAUGUUAUGCACGUGGAGAAGAAUGUGUCUGAUGCACUGCUGUCUAUUCUGAUGCAUAGUGGAAAAUCAAAGGAUGGCGUGAAAGCAAGAAAAGAUUUAGAAGACAUGGGUAUUAGAAGCAACUUGCAUACAGAAGUGAGGGGAAAGAAAACUUACUUGCCUCCUGCUGCUUACUGGCUAUCUAAGGAAGAAAAAAAGAAAUUCUGCAGACGGUUAUCAAACUUCAAAGGGCCUGAUGGUUAUAGUGCCAAUAUCUCCAACUGUGUCUCACUGGAUCCUCCUGGUAUUGGCGGCAUGAAGUCACAUGACCAUCAUGUACUAAUGCAGAAUAUGUUACCGGUAGCAUUGAGAGGUCUACUGCCAAGAGGGCCACGGAUUGCAGUGACUCGGAUAUGCAAUUACUUCAACAGACUCUGUCAACGCAUUAUUGAGCCAGAGAAGUUACUUAAGUUAGAAGCAGAGAUUGUGGAGACAAUGUGUCAGCUAGAGAGAUUCUUUCCUCCAUCUCUGUUUGAUAUAAUGUUUCAUCUUCCACUGCAUCUAGCAAGAGAAGCACGCUUGGGUGGCCCUGUACACUUCAGGUGGAUGUAUCCCUUCGAGAGGUAUAUGAAGACUCUAAAAGCUUAUGUGAAGAAUUUUGCAGGACCCGAAGCUUGUAUGGCCGAGGGUUAUUUAGCAGGUGAAUGCCUUGCAUUUUGUAUGGAGUUCCUGCAGAGAUCAGUUCCAGUAGAAGAAGCAGUUAAUAGAAACGAAGAUCAUGAGACUUCUCAGAAUUUACUUGAAGGCCGGACGCUGAAUAAAGCGACAGAAGUGACACUUACUGACAGUGAAAUGGGUUCAAGUUCCGCAGAUAAUAUCGGUGAAGAUGCUGUGACUCAGGUUCUAGGAAAGGAUAAACCAGGAAGAAUUAGGGGGAUGGGGCGAGGGGUUACUGCAACCAAAUUGGCAUUCUUACAUGCUAGAGACUCCCAUGUCCAGAAGCUUCAAGAUACUCAAGUAGAGCUUAUCAACAAGAUUGAAGAUUUGAGAAAUGUGGUAAAAGACUUAGCCGGCCAAAAGAAUAAAACCGAUUAUCGUUCUACUUCUGAGGUUAGCGAUAUUAGCAAGGGAGGAAUAAGGUGCCAGCUACUUGAUUGGGUUUCCAAUGAUGAUGUGGUUGUUGCUGAAGGAGAGUAUCACUCUAGUGAACCCUACUACAAGAUUGGUCGAAUUCCAUUGGGUCCAAACGCGGCUGCUGUAGUAGUAAAGUCUGUAUCAGUAGAAACUGCAUCUAUAUGGAGACCUACAGCAACUUGUUCUAGGCUUGCUCAGGCAGUUGGAGUGAAAAUUGCAUGGCCAGCGGAUAAGCUAAUACUGGACGAUGAUAUUGACUUAUCAAAAAAUGGUAACACCAUUGGAUCAGAGCCUACUGAUGAUUCUUUAGGAAAAGUUCAAAUCUUUGAUUACUGGAAAUCAGAAGAUGAAUUGAUUGCUAAGGGUGUAUUGUUGUCGACUGAUCCUGCGGAACUAGUCAACCAAAUACCGCUAGGACCGAAUGCUGCAAUUCUUAGAGUGGAAGUGGUUGUAAAAUCUGAUGCAUAUAUUUGGAGACCAACUACUGAAAUGACGAAGAUGGGUGAUGCGCUACAUGGGACUAUUGCCUGGCCUAUCGAUAAGAUAGUACUACCUGAACAAGAUUCACCAAAAGAAUCAAACAAGAAUUCAAAUCAGAGUGGUAGUAACAGCAGUGGUUGUAGCAGCAAAGGUGGUAAACAGAAGUGCGCCCUCUUGGACUGUAAUAACUCUGGACUGAGAGUUGCUUUGGGUCGUGUGUUCUCAACUGAUCCAACAGAGAAGGUGCAUUUCGUCCCUUUAGGUCCCAAUGCUACUAAGGUCUGGAUAGAGGUUUCCGAGUUCGAUGGGGCACGAGUGUGGAGGCCAAACAGUGAAAUUGAAUUCAUUGGUGAUGCAGUUGGAAGCAUUGUGGCUUGGCCAAAUGAUAAGGUUGUUUUAAUGUAAGGCAGGUCUGUUGCUUUUGAACUUGUUAUGCUAGUACCUUGAACUAUCUUUGUUAUUUGCUCUACUUAUGUAAUAUAUGACAAGAAUGGUUUUUAUGUUCAAUAAUAGCAGUUUAUGUUUUAUAAUUUAAUGUCCCAAAACUAAAUAAUUGAUUGUAUAUCACAAAAUAAAAAUAUAUAAAAUAUUAAAAUUAAAUAUAUAUAUUUAAUUAUUAUUUUAAAUAUACUAUAUAAUA